GUGACGUACAGCGGCUGACCGUAUUCCCCGCGUUACACACUUCCAACGGCGUCCCGAAUGUGCGUCGAGCGCGAGUGAGUGAGGACGCCGAAUCCCGACCGCGGAACGCGAACCGGGAUAAAGAACGAGUGGUAAGGGUGAUAGAAGUUCGACAAAGAGGCACCGUGAAAACCGAUAGAGAGGGUGGAGUGAUACUCGCGGGUAAAGAAGAGAAGAGAGGAAAGAGAGAGUAAUAAUCAAAGUUGUUGCGAAAAGUUCGGCUCGACUCUCCUACGCCUUCUUUAUAUAAUAGACCAGAGCUACGAUCCGGGUAUAUUCUUCUAUGUUUAUCUUCGUCUUCUUCUUAUUCAUCCUCAUCUUCGUUUUAUUCUUAUUCUUAUUAUUCUUGUAGCACUCACACUUACAAUUACACUUACGCCUGUUCAUCAUCGUCAUUCAACUUGUACGCAUUUCUUGUCGGGAUGAAUUGUUAAUUUAUUACCAAAUUCAGUUUGUGGAUGCGGAUUUAUUCGUUUGUUAAUGAAUGUUACAGUGACAAUAAUUAGUAGCACUGCAGUUUACAGGUUUUAGUGAUUAAUUAACUCAGUGAUUUUAUUUGAUGCAUUGGUAUUAAUUAAACCUUUGAUAAAGUUCGGGGAUGCUUUUGCUACUGACAUUUUGUGGAUUUACGGUGGAGUGAUUUGUAUUUUAUUUUAUUUAUUUAUUUAUGGUAAACUUUCGAGGUGAAUGUUCGCGAUAGUUGCUCGCGUAGAGGCUGAAUUUGGAUUAUUUUCCCAAGAAAGAAAUCAUUGUGUAUCAAGAAAAAUUUUUGAGCGACGUCUCGGGACGCGAUCGCGAAGUACGCCUCUCUAGGGAGGCGAGAGCUUCACGGGCUUGGUGGGCAGCGAUGUGGCCCAACAGCCUCGGUGGAGCUUCCGGCUGUGGAGGGGGAGCUGGGGCCACGGACCUCGGUAGCCUCACGGGCUCAACCACCUCCGCGAGCGACUUAUUUGGGCCCGCGGGGUUCGGUGCUUCUGCGGCUGGGCCCUACGGCGCACUCAAGUCUUCACCCUACGUAGGUGCGCUCGGAAUGCCACCAAUAGAAGCUCUCCACGGGACCAUUGGUUACCCCGGUUGCAGUCCUGCCGGUGAGUCCUAUUACUGUAAUCCGAGGAAACAAAGAAGAGAAAGGACGACAUUCAGUCGAGCGCAAUUGGACAUUUUAGAGGGUCUUUUUUCUAAAACAAGAUACCCGGAUAUUUUUAUGCGUGAGGAAGUUGCGUUGAAGAUUAAUUUACCCGAGUCAAGGGUUCAGGUAUGGUUCAAAAAUCGGCGAGCAAAAUGCAGGCAGCAGCAGAAACAGCAGCAACAACAGCAAGAGAAAGCGCCGAGGUCGAAAAAACCCUCGGGAAAUCCCGUAAGCAAUCCGCCGGCUGGGAAAAGUCCUUCGAUAGCCACCACCCCAACGCCUGCGGCUGCUGUUCCUGUUUCGACGCCAUUAAGCGGAGGAACAGGAGGCUCUGCUGCGAGUUCUCCAGCUCUUUUACGAGAUUCACCGCAAUAUAAGCCGGCAGGUAGCACCACCGGCUUGCUGUUCGCUGCGAGCACAACUCCGCCGAGUUUGGGCGGGACGGUGUACAGCAGCGGAGGAAGCAGCAGCAGUAUCUGGAGUCCAGCGAUCACGGAAAGCGGCGGAUUCCCCGGGGACCAUCAGAGACUUGCCUGGACCACAACUGCCUCCCAGCAACCUUGCUAUCAAAAUUAUUCCUCCUAUUACUCAAAUAUGGACUACCUUUCGCCUGCUCCUCAUCAACUUAAUGUCGUUGACACUGGUGCUGGAAAUUUGGACAACACGUGGAGCAAAACAAGAGACGAGACCGCUUCCUCUUGGUUCUACAACAGCGCUGGUUGGGGCGAAAGGAAGUGAAUUCCCUAAACUUGUUUAUAUUUAACAAAAAAAAAAAAAAAAAAAAAAAAAAAAUUACGGCAAUUGUCG